CUUCUUAAAGAAGAAGAAGUAGGAGCACUUCGUGUAUGCUAUUAGCUAGUGAUGGCGUCGCCCUGGACAAUAUUUUCAACAGUGUUCUCUUUAAUUAUCCUCUACAUUACGACACGUUCAGAGACACGACAGUUGAACACGGAAAAUGUCAUCAAUGUGACGGCAGUUGGUAAAAAUGAGUCAGCCUACAAUGUACAGAUAAACUUGACUGUUACCAUGGCAGACAACGAAACUAUUGUCAAUGGGGUUCCUAUCAAGCCAUCGGGAGUGACGAGGAUGAUGUGCCAAGCUCUGCUGUUGGACAGUGGAAACGUUAGUGGCAGCGAGGAGGCCGGCGUGCUGGUCAGCAGUGUGCUGAGGCUGAUGCUGGAUCAGUCAUACCUGCAGAGUGACUUGGGUGAGGAGGCACUGCUGCUGACUCUUGCUCAGGAGAUGAUCCAGCUUGGCCAGGAGAGGGUCUGGCAGCCAGAUGUAUGGGAAGUUAAAAUGCUGCUGAACCAGAACUCUGAGGAGAUCACUCAGGAGCACAACAUCUAUCCUGUGUCCAAGAGCAGGAUCUCGGCCAUGCCGCACGAAGACGAUGUCAUUGUGAAUGACGAAGUCCUCUCUAAGCUAGCUGAGGACCAGGUGUUGCACACAACCAGCCACUAUGCUCUAGACCAGGCUGAAACCACCCAGGAGGAGAUUGCUGCCCCAGGGAAGCUCCCAGAGACACCCCUGCGCAUGGAGCCCGGUACCCUGCAAGAGGAGGCCAUCAAUCCGGACGACCUGCUGCCUGAGGCACCCCUCAGACAAACCCCCUCCUCCUACAGUGUGGCAUGUCGGUGGAUGGAGGAGCUCAGGGACAGCCUGAGACGCUUCUGCUCAGAGUCUCUGCCGCUCUUCUUCCUCGUCAUGUGGGUGGUUGUCGUGGGGCUUGUGGGUUCUGCUGUCAUCAUCAAGAUACUGGACCUCCUGUUUCCUGUUUGCGAACACAAGGGCUUCUUUCACCUGAACCCGGAGACCCUGCUGCCUGAGGAGGAAAAGCAGAGCCUAGUGGAGAAUGAGGGAGAGACAGAGGAGAAAUCCAGCCUGAGGGAAACCCUGUACUGAUCCUUCCUUUUCCUGUUUGUGGCAUUCCCAUUUUCAUGGGAUGUCCUGCAAGUUUUCCUUCUUCCAAAUGUAGCACUUUAUAAAAAUCCCAGUUAUUCCUUUGUGUUUCUUCAUUAGAAGGCAAGUGUGGAGUUCUGAUUCAGUGAGGCAUCAUCUUUGGUUAACAUUUUUCUUGUUUGUAUUUGCUGAGUGCUACUGCCUAUGGAAAAAAAGCCUAUUGUACAUGAUGUGAAGAGUGAUAUUUUAGUAUAGCUCACACUAUGUCAUGAUGUGAUGUAUAGGAAAUGAAGUUUUGGAAUUUUACCAAAAUACAUGCUAUUGUCUUUGUAAAAUGUUACUGGCUACAGCCAAUGUAUAAUGGAAGUGAGAAUAAACACAAUUUUCUCAUAAUGUACAUGACAACUGAAUACACAUUUUGAAAUAUGUCAUUUUACUUUUUUUUUUUGGGGUUGAAGUUUGAAUUGUGUUUAGUUUUUCCUCUGAUGGUGGGGAGCAGUAAGUGCAGAUUAGCACUCUCAAUUUUAGGUUUGAUGUGAGGUACCAUCCAGUAAUGUUUUGAAUAAAUGUUCAUUUGGGUUUGGAUCCAGAUAACUAAGGUAAUGCUAAAUCAGUUCUGUGUAUCAUUUCCCCCAAAACUGUAAGAGGUGUCUACAAAAGGAAAAAGCUGUUUCAGUAGUCUUUAUUAAAAUACUAUUUGUUUCAUAAA